AUGUCUACUACCGCUGAUAGAUACCGCGAGAAAUUUAAUAUUUUGAAGGAAAGAAACUUAAUCGGUAAUAAACGUUUAAAGACUGAGAAUGAAGAAUAUAAACAGCUUAUACAAAUAACAAAGGUCAACAUUUGUGAUGAUGCUGAAUACGUUCAAGAUUUAGACACUAAUUUCAGCCGAAUAUCUGAUAUUAUGGCGAUACUCAUGAACUCACUGAAAAAGUAUAAUGCGCCGAAUAAUGACGUACGUGGUUGGGCAAAAUUAAUAGGUGCUUUCGAUGAAAAGACGGCUUCUGAAAAGGUAAAUUUUAGAAGCCAAGAUGAAGAAUAUAUUUCGCAGUUGGAGAUAAUCUUAGAUGAAAUUCAAAUGUCAACCGAUGAUUUCGAGAAGUUGUAUAAAAUGAAAAAUGAAAGUAACGUUGAAUUUCACGAUCAGAAUCAUAAAAUGUCUAAAGUGUCUGACGAUCUUGAUAUCGAUAAAUAUCUCUCAACUGAAGCAACACAAUUACAGAAAGAUCAAGAAGUCGAACGUAUUCUAUCUGCGUUCAAGCUAAAUCCUUUUGACCUUUUAGAUCUUUCUCCUUAUUGUACAGAAAAAGAUAUUAAAAAUGCUUAUAGAAGGAAAUCUUUACUUAUUCACCCUGAUAAAACAAGCCAUCCUAAAGCACAAGAAGCAUUUUCUUUAUUGAAAAAGGCAAAAAUAACUUUAAUUAAUGAACAAAAAUUAAAACCUAAUGAUUCAAUUAUUAAUACUCCUGAAUUUAAUUUACAAAUUAAACAAAAAACCAAAGAAAUUUUAAUAGAACAAGAAUUACGUAGACGUAAAUUACUAAAACGUGAUUUAGAAGCUCAAGGUUUAGCCGCUCAAAAAGCUGAACAAGUUGAAAAAGAAAGGAAAAGAAAAGCUGAAGAGGAUAAAUUAUGGGAAGAAACUAGAGAACAAAGGGUUAAUAAUUGGAGAGAUUUUCAAACUAAAAAGAAUUCUUCAAAUAGUUCUGGUAGUUCUGCUAAGAAGAAAAAAAAGUCGGGAAAUGAAUUUAAACCACCAAAAGUUUUGGCUGAAGAUCCCACUAAACCUUAUAUAAAACGACCUACAAAUUCUUAA